AUGUCAGACGCUGCUGAAAUAUGGGCGAAAAACUUCUCCUCUCGACAUUUACAAUUCAGCCAGAAAGACCAAAUCCCGUUUGAGCAAGGCCAUGUGUUGGGUCGCGGCGGUGUCAGCACUGUCUACGAAACGAAAUUUGGAGGUAUAGCUUUGGCCUGGAAACGAACGUACACGAGAGUCAUUGGAGAGACCCAACUUAACGAGAUAAAGAUCUUAAGUGAGAUGCGACGGCACCAGCACAUUGUGGAACUUGUGGGAUCGUACGUUCGUCGUAGCAAGGCUGGAGGCAUCCACGAAGUGGGCUUAUUGAUCUGGCCGGUAGCCCGUUGCGACCUUGGAGUAUUCCUUCUGGAACUGGAUAAACUGAGGAAACUAGUAGCAACCUAUACCCAGCUGGAACUUGAUGACGAAGAAAAGGAGACUUGCAGAUUCUUGGCUACCCUCAUCCCUCAUCAAGAACAGCUCUCGAAUUCCCCGGCCGAAAUCUAUGAUGCCAUGAUCAGGCGACUAUGUACCGCCUUUGGCUGCAUUGCUCACGCAAUUGAUUACCUUCACAUCAAUAAGAUCAGGCACCGAGACUUGAAGCCCGAUCAGAUCCUCAUCUCGCGCGACGGACUAUGGGUAACCGAUUUUGGGUGGUCCAAAGACAUCUCAAAUCUAAGCACUAGUGUUUCGGUCAAUGGAGAAACCAUCAACAGGAAAUACCAUUCACCAGAAAGAGCUCAGAUGCAACCUACUGGCCGGUCAGAGGACAUCUUUAGCCUGGGAUGUACGUAUCUACAAAUGGCGUAUGGUAUCGCUCGGCUCCCUUUACAGCAACUGGAAGGACUCCGGAGCGAUGGCGAUUGCUCCUUCCAGGCCAAUCUCGGAAAUCUGAAUGGAUGGACAAAUCUGUUGAGAGAAUGUCGUUCAAUGAAACUACGGGUUCUAGCUGCCUUGAUCAAGGAAACUCUUUCAAAAGUGCCAAAAGAUCGCCCCAAGGCGGCAGAAAUUAUAUCCGUGCUGAAGGCUAUCGAUACUCUGCCAACCGAGUAUGAUGUGUUGGCCCGAUGUUCAUUCGUUCACUCCUGUUGCUCAGGUUCCCAAAUGAUAACUCCAUCAAAGCAGUCUACAGAAACUGUAGAGCCUUCUAUACCGAGCGACAAGGCUGAAGGCACUUCAGACUUGUCCCAAAUUUUGGAUAUGGUAGCCGAUAACAAUUUGGUCAAAGGUCAUGCAAGGGCCUCUGGAGCUGCUGACAGAAUGCUUUCCGAACUCUGGGAAGAGGCAAUCCCCGCUUUCAAGAACACCUCUCCUGGUCCACCCAGCAACUACCUUACCAAAGAGUGGGACCCUGUGUUUUCCAAUGACCGGAUUCCCCGUGACACAGAAUCCUGCAUUGUCAGGAAGAGAACUCUCGUGGAUACCGAACCAAUAGCGUUACAAUUUUCCUAGGCUUAGACGACUUUGAGUACGCUGUACCUUCAUGCAAUUUUGACGAAGUGAUACAGUUCUGCCAAGAUGUCCAUCUUUAUGAUGUUGAACAUGGGUUAGGAGCAGCGGGAGGAAGACGGGUCGCGUGGG